AAUUAGUUGUGCGGACAGGUGCUGGCCUGCUGGGUAAAGUGACUUGCUAUCAAGCCUGAGCGGUCGCGCGCGCAUCACCGGCGGGUUGCUUGCGCCAUCAAAGACAACGCAAUACAAAGCAAUACGGGCCCAGAGAAAACCUCCCCAGGUUGAGCAAGGACGGUACCUCGGGCCUGACCCGUGGGACUCCGCAUGGGAAUUAAGAUAUUUGCAGAAGUAUCCCCGCAGGCUUGCGAGAGAUUGCGGUAGUGACCAGUCCUAACAUCUGUAUGUUGCAAGCUCAGCCGUAAUAAUGCACAGCGCUACAGAUACAGCCCGGCGGCCGGUGGUGAAGUGAUGCGCUCCUCACUCGCCCCCCGUCAGUAGUAAUAACUAACACCUUCAGCAGCAGCAGCAGCAAUGGAGCCCACUGUCGGCGUGGAACGGCCGUCGAAAACACCUGCAGCCGAAGCAGCAGCAGGCAAGCCCGCUGUUAAACCCGCCGGCGCAGGCCCCGCGCUGCAGCAGGUUUGCUUGCCGCCGCCGGAGUGUGCGGCUGCUACACCGCCUGCUACUGCUGCCGCCUCAGACCUGCCGCCCAAGUGCGUGCCGCUACUGCCGCCGCCGCAUUGGCCCGCUGCUGCCUGUGCUGCCGCCGGUACUGCCGGUGCUGGAUGGCCGCUGCUGCCGCUACUGCCGCCGCUGCCCUUGCUGCGGCCGCUGCUACAGCCGGUGCCGACGGCGCUGGCCCGACUAGUGCGGCACAGCGCGCAGCUAUUGCUGGUGCCGUUGGCUGUAGCGGCAGUAGCGGCAGCAGGUCUGAGGUGCUUCCGCGGCGGCGUUUCUGCCCUCGCGGCUGCUGCUGCCGCCGCCACGAAUGCUACCGCUCCUACAGCCGGUGGCGGCGCGCGGCCGGCGCUGCUACUGCUGCUGCUACUGCCGGCCGCGGCCUACGCGACCGCCGCCAUUGCUUUGGCUGCGCUGCUGUCGCCGCUGCUCACACGGGCGGCACUGCUGCUACAGCCGGCGGCGCCGGCGCCGGCGGCGCCGUCUGCGGCGGCGGGGCAUCGUGAUGAGCCGCCGCCGAAUAUGCUUGCGGCUACGGAGCAGACUGCAGCCGGGCAGCAGUACAGCGGGCAGCAGCAGCAGCAGCAGCAGCAGCAGCAGCAGCAGCAGCAGCAGCAGCAGGCGGAAAGGCGGCGGUCAGCAGCACUGGGAGCAGUGCGCCGGGCUUGGGGCCUUCGCGAUGGCACUGGUGGCGGCGGCGGCGGUGAUGGUGGUGAUGGCCGUGGCGAUGGAGACGACCCGGCGGGUUGUUGCGACGGCGGCGACAUGGCGGCGGCUGCUGCGGCUGCUGCGGCUGCUGCGGCUGCUGCUGCUGCGGCUGCUGCACGGCGCACAGCUGCAGCUGUGGGCCUCUGCCCCGCGGCGCCGAGCGCGGCGGCGGCGGCAAAGCAGCUGCCAUCGGGACCCCAGCAGUGCCAGGAAUCAGCCGCCGCAGUAGCAGCAGUAGCAGGACCCAGGGCAUCCAUUGGAGAGGAAGAAGGUGCAGCAGGGGCUGCCAAUUAUGCCAAUCAGGGGCAUGUUGAUGACUACAAAGACAGUAGCGGCUCUGAUUCCAGUGCCAUCUACAGCACCAGCAGUAGCAGCCACGCCAUUAGCCGCGUCCACAGCAGCACCGCGGCAGUAGCAGGAGGCCUGAGCCGCACCGCCGGCAGCACCAGCAUCAGGAGCAGUAGCAUCCCAAGGUCAGGCAGUAGCGCCACUGCUGCGUCCGCCGCCGCCGCCGCCGCCACAACCGCAACCGCCGCUGCCACCCCUGCCACCGCCGGCGCCGCCAUGUCAGCAUUGCCUGCUGGUACGGCGCCAGCGGCGGCGGCGGCGGCCGCGGAAGAAACGGCAGUAGCAGCAGCUGCAUCGCCGGCGGCGGCGGUGCCGUCAGCGCUGGUGCAGGGAAUCGCGGGCGCGCUUUUGGGGGUGCUGGACGGCGGCGGCGGCGGCGGUGGCGGCGGCGGUGGUGGCGGCGGCGGCGGCGGCGAUGGCAGCGGCGGUGGCGGCGGGCCGCCCUGCUAUGACAAAGUAGCAGCAGGCAGCGGCGGCGCUGCGCCGCCGGCGGCGGCGGCUGCCACGGGCCCGCCGCCGUCCACUCCGCCGCCAUUGGGGGCUGUGGCGCCCCUCCCGCCCGGGGCGGAGGUUGAUCCGCAGCAGCAGCACCAGCAGCAGCAGUUCCAGGCGGCGGCGCAAAGUCAAGAGCAGGCGCAGGCGCGGGCACAGGUGCAGGCGCAGGCGCAGGCGCAGGCGCAGGCGCAGGCGCAGGCGCAGGCGCAGGCGCAGGCGCAGGCGCAGGCGCAGGCGCAGGCGCAGGCGCAGGCGCAGGCGCAGGCGCAGGCGCAGGCGCAGGCACAGGCGCAGGCGCAGGCGCGGGCACAGGCGCAGCAGGUGCGGGGCAAGGCGCAGGGCAAGGCGCAGCAGAGGCCGCGGCGACAGGAGGAAGGUGGAGAUGACGUGCUUGCGGGACAGUCGCCGGCAGGGUCCGACCGAUCGCCGCCGCGGCGUUGGCUGCACUGCCGCCGCCACGGCCGCGUGGGGGGUGCGGACGAGGGCGAGGCAUUGGCGAGCAGUCGCAUGGAGGCCAGCUCAUCAUCCGCACCGCCGGCCGCCGGCGUUGCGGCCACACAACUCCUGUUUCUAACGGGCGAUGACAUUGCGGCGGCCGAUGACACCUCACACGGAGCGGAGGAGGAGGAGGAGGAGGAGGAGGCAGGGGCCGUAGCAAGGGCAGCAACGGCGGCCAUGCCCGCAGCAGGGGCCGCGGCGGCGGUGGGCCCAGCGGCGGAGGCUGCAACACCGCCGCCGCCGCCGCCGCCGCCGCCAUCGGCAGCAGCCACUGCAGCUGCUGACGCCGGCCUUGUCGACGAGUCCGCUGCUGCUCAUAUCCCCCGGUCUGCCGCUGCUGCUGCUGGUGCUGCUGCCGCGGCUGCUGCCGCGGCUGCUGCUGCUGCUGCUGGUGAUGCCGAGGAUGCAUUUUUGGUACCGUCAAGCUACACCAGCAGUCCUUGUGGUGCGCCGCCGCCGCCGCCGCCAGAGCCAGAGCCUCCUGCACUUGCACCACCACUGGCGGAGUCGCAACCGCAGCAGUGGCCUGCCACCAGCCCAGCAGCCUCACACAGCAGUGGGGCGCUCGCCGUGACGGUUGGCAAAGGCAGUAGCAGCGGCAGCAGCGGCGGCGGCGGCGGCAGUAGCAGCGGCACCUGCCUGGCAGUAGCAGAGGCUGCAGCCCCGUCCAAGCCUGCUGCUGACGCGGCUGACACGGCUGCAACUCACACCACGCGACCGCUGUCUCCCAAACCAUCGCCCGCAUCCUCCUGCCUGUACGUCAGUCCACGGCGACACGCCUACGUGUCUCUGAAACUCCGUGACGCGCCGCCGCCGCCGCCGCCACUGUCGUCGCCGCCAUCCCUGACGGCGACGCGGCUGUUGCAGCAGCGCCUGGCGGCUGUAGCACAGCUGCGGCGGCAGCAGCAUUUUCGUCCUCACACCUUUGCAGGCAUGACUGCCGGCGGCGGCGGCAGCGGCGGCCGCAGUGGCAGUUGCGGUCGUGCUGGUGGGGGAAGCGGCGGCAUCAGCGGCAGUGCGCGGAGGGCGUUGACGGCACAGGGCGCCGCCGCCUCCUUCCCUGACACUGCGGCAGUAGCAGCAAUGGGCAGUAGCAUCAGUGCCAGCGAGCCGGCCAGCCCCCACCACCACGGCAUGGCAUACCCGGGGUUUGCGACACCCCCGGCUGCAGCAGCGGCUGCAGCAGCGGCUGUAGCAGCAGCCCGUUCCGCCGGGCCCUCCUCCGGGGCCGCCAGUCCCCUAAUCGUCACACGCCCGCAGCCGCAGGCCCGGAGCGCUGCUACAGCCGCCGCUGGUACUGCCACCGCUGCUACAGCCGCUGCAACGGCCGCUACUGCUACAGCCACGCGUGGUGAUCUACAGGCUGUGACAGGCUCCCCUGGCCACGGGCUUCUGUUGCAGGGGCGCGGCAGUAGCAGCAGCGCUGCCAGUGGCGGCGGCACCAGUGGUGGCGCCAGCGGCAGAAGCGCCGCCGCCACGGGCGCCGGCGGCUCGUGGAGUCCGAUUCCGGAGCCCGUCACCGCCAUGGCAUUACCGCCGCCGCCGCCUUCGCCGCCGCCGUCGCCCUUGCAGCCGUCAACGGCGCCGGCGGCGGCGGCGGCGGCGCCGCCACCACUGAGCUUCGAGCAACUGACGGCGGCGGCGGUGGAGGCGACGGAGGCGGCUCUGCGUCACUCACGGGAGAUGUACGGAGACUGCCGCGCGGGAAUGGGUCCGGAGCUGGCGGACUGGCUGGCCGUGCCCGGCUGCAUCCAGCUGGUCCUGUCCGUCUGGUGGCGGCGCCGCCACCCGCACCACCACCAGCAGCAGCAGCAGCAGCAGCAACAGCAGCAGCAGCAGCAGCAGCAGCAGCAGCAACAGCAGCAGCCCACAAGGCUUCAGAUGCCGCCCACAAGGCUUGAGAUGCCGCCCACGCCCGCAGGUCAACACCGCGCGCGCGGCGGCGCCCGUGGCAGUCGCAGCAGCGGGGCGGCUGGGCCCGGCAGCAGUGGGCAUGGGGAUGAGGCGGUGCCGGUGGCGGCGCCCGUGGCGGCACUUCCAGUCACCGGCGCUGCUGCCGCCGCGGCAGGAGCGGCAGGGGCAGCAGGAGAGGGCGCGGCGGGGGUGGCGGGGGUGGCAGCGGACGUGGCGGCGGCGGUGGAAGGUGUGGAUGGGGAGCCGCCAGCUGUGGCAAUGCUGCUACAGCCGCCGGGGAUGCCGGAGCGCUGCGCGCCGGCAGUAGCAGCAGGGGUUCCAGGACUCGAGCCGCCGCCUUCGCCCUUCCUGACUCAUGCUACGGUGGCGGCGGCUGUGGCGGCUGUAGCGACUGCAGCAGGGCCCGCUGCGUCGGGAGGAGGAGCAGGCGCGGCGGCAGUAGCCGCGCCGCUGGCUCUGACACUGCGGCAGCGGGAGCAGUCGGCGGCGGCGGUGGCCGCGGCGGCUGUAGCGGAUGGCAGCAGCAGGAGCACGAGUGGAGGCUACCGGCUCCGCAUCAACCGCCGCUGCAGCACAGAGCCUCCGCUGCUACUGCCACAGCCGCACCCACCCGAGCCGUCUAGCCUGCUGGCUGCUACAGCCACUGCCAUUGAGGUCAGCAGUAGCAGCAGCGGCGGCGGCUCCUUCUACAGCUGCAGCACGCCCGUUGGCGGCGGCAGUAGCAGCUACAGCCCCGUCGCCAGCAGCUGCAGUGCUACAGCCGAUGGAGGUGGCGGAUUCAGCACCGCUGCUCAGCCGCAGCAGCAGCAGCAGCAGCAGCAGCAGCAGCUGGGUGGCACGGCGGCCGCAAGUGACGGCACAGUCGCAACUGACGCCGCCCCUGAAGCAGUAGCAGUGCUCGCAGCAGCAGCACCGGCGCCGGCGCCGCCGCCGUCUCUGCCGACAGCAACCUCAACGGCCGAGCCGCCACUGCACCAGCCGCCCGAGUGGCUGUGGGGGUUUCCGCCGACAGCCGCAGAGGCUGCCGAGCUGCCCUCGCCGCCGCCACCGCCGCCGCGCCGCUCAUCACUAACUGCGUCUGAUGGGCCUGCUGACACCGUCGUCGUCGUCCGAACUGCCUCCGUCCCUGUCCCUGCCCCUGAUGUGACGGCUGUCGUGGGCGCUAGCUGCGCCAGCAGCGCCAGCAGCACCAUCAACAACACACUCGCAGCCGCCUGCUAUGCGUUUGCGGAGGCCUCGCAGCAUCGGGAUGCCACACACCGCACAGCAGCCUUUGGCGCCAACAGCAGCAGCGGUGGUGGCAGUGACGGAGGCAGCGGCGGCGGCAGCGUUGGCAGCGACGACGGCGGAGGAGCAGGAGGAGCAGGAGCAGAGCGGCACAAUGUCGCUGCAGCGGCCGCGACGGCGGCGGGAGUGGUGUUUGCGGCGGCGGCGGCGGAGCAGGACCAGCGGCGGAGGGCCCGGAAUAGCUUGUCUGUGGUGGCGGCGGCCCGUGUGGGGGCCACACUCAUGCUAUUGGACCCCACCGCCAGUACCACCACCACCACCACCAUCAGCAGCAGCAGCACAGGCAGCUCCGGCAGCACCGCCGCCGCCACCACAGCUAGCCGCCGACUCUGCAGGGCUUGCUCAGCGACAGCUGGCGUUGCCGCCGCCGGCGGUGCGCUGCCGCCGCUGCCGCUGCCGCAGCUGCCGCUAGCGCCGCCGCUGUCUCGGGAGCUGCUGCUACAGCCGACCUGCGCGCUGCUACAGCCGCCGCCACCGCCGCUGCAGCACGAACUGUCCACCUCUGACGCCGCCAACGCUGCUGCUGCUGCCGUGACGUCGGCAACGUAUGCCACAACGGCGCACGUGACGCUGCUGCUGACACCGUGUCACCGACCACGUGCAGACCCCGCCGCCGCCGCCGCCGCCGCUGCUGCCGCCUGCUGCUCGCCGCCGCCAUUACCGCCACCACCACCAGCUCAGCAGCAGCCGGUUCGCAUCAUAGUCACACAGCUGGGCCGAGUGCUGUGCGACACCUGCGUCAUAGCCCGCUGCCCCAGCGGCGGCGGCAGUGACGCCGGCGCCGGUGUCUCUGCCGUCGGCGGCGACGGCGACGCCGAAGCUUCAAGCGGUGGCGGCAGCGGCGGUGGCGGCGGUGGCGGCGGCGGCGGCGCCGCUUUCCCGCUGACGCUGCAUGGUGCCACGCCCGGCGUCGCCACGGUGUACGUGUUUGGACUGGCACCCGCGCCGCCGCCGUCGCUACCAGCGCCGCCGCCGCCACCGCCGCGGGCCUGCUUCCUGGCAAUGGCGCCGCUGGCGCUGAUGCCGGCGGGCGCGUGCGGCGAGCUGACGUCACUGUACGGCAGAAUGGUGCACGAGCAGCUGAGGGUGAUGACGGCGAUGGCGGGCGCCGCCGGCACUGCCGCCGGCACUGCCGCCGCCGCCGCCGUCGGCACUGCUGCCGGCGCUGCAGCCGCAGCCGUUGGCAGUCCGUUGCCGUGCAGUGAUGAGGGAGACUGCGCGGGGGUGGCAGCGGCGGAGGCGGAGGUGCCAGAGACGCGACAGGCAGCGGCGGCGGUGGAGACGCAGCAGGCAGCGGCGGCGGUGGAGGCGCGGCGGGCGGCGGAGCGUGCUGUGCUGGAUGAGUGCUGGUUGCCGCUGCUGAUGGAUUUGGAUCUCGCACUGACAUGCGUGCCGGCACGUGCCGCUGCCGACACGGCACACCACACGGCUCCGCCACCACCCCUCGUCAUUCCGCUGCCGCCGCCGCCACAGCUGCGGCCGCCGCCGCCGCCGCACCCGCACCCGCACCCGCGUCAGCCGCUGCUGCUCCCUCCGCUGCAAGCGCCGCCGCCGGAGCCGUACUGUGCUGCUGAUGGCUCUGCCCGCUGUGGCCGCUAUGACAGCGGCGGCCCCGUCACAGAGGCGCCGUCAGGCCCCGCCACCGAGUCUCCACCGCCGCCGCCUCCUGCUGCUACAGCGGCUACAGCCCCCAUGGGCGCAGACGGCAGUAGCAGCCGUGUUACUGGUGGCGGCAGUAGCAUCAGCGCCGCCGGCAGCAGCAGCAGUAGCAGCCCCAUGCUCCUCGGCAGCCACACGUGCGUGCCUCUGCCGGCGUGGCACGAAACCCUGGCCUGUCUCUCCCGCUUCCUCCUCGCCCAGGGCAUUCACGGCGUGCUACUGCACGUGAUGGAGGCGCAGCAGGCGGCGCUGCUACAGCCACAGCCGCCGCUGCCAAGGCUGCAGCUGCAGGCUGCAGCUUCCGCCACGGAUGGCGCCGUGCUACUGCCGCAGCAGCAGCAGCAGCAGCAGCAGCAGCUGUCGCCGUCCGCGACGCAGCGCCUCAUUCGGCUGCUGCGGGCGCGGGUUGCCGAGGCAGAACGGUUCGCCGGCAGCGGGGGUGCCGGUGGGCGUGCCGGCGCGGGUAACGGCCGAGGUGCCGGCGGGGGUGCCGGCAGUGAGGGUGAAACGGUGGCGGCAGAAGCAGCGGAGGCAGUAGCAGCGCCGCACCACACCGCUACUGCAGCAACGGCUGCUGCUGGGAGCGACACAGCAGGGGGCAUGGAGGCGGCUUUGGAGGCAGCACUGGCGGAGCUCGCGAGUGUUGCAACCGCUGGUGCCUUCCUGCCAGCAGCGGCAGUAGCUGACAUGACGGAUGCCGCCGCCGAUGCAGAUUCCGUUGUGGACACCGCCGCCGCCGCCGCCGCCGCCACCACCGCCGCCACCACUGCGAUCAACAGCGGCCGCCGUGACAGCAGCAGCAGUAGCAGCCGCCGCAGCAGCAGCAGUAGCAAUCAAAGCAGUAGCAGCAGUGGCAUCUUGCCACUGCCGCCGUCAACACUUACGGCAGCACUGCCACUGCUCUUGGGCCGUGUUGCCGCCGGCGUCAACACCGCUGCCAUCACUGCAGCAGCAGCAGCCUGUCACUCGGACCGCAUGCAGCCGUCGUCGCCGUCGCCGCCACCGUCGCCGCCGCCGCCGCCGCCGCCGCCGCCGCCCGCCGCUCCUGUCCAUCGCAGCGGUAGAAGCUCAUGGGAGGCAGCGCCGACAGCUAUAGCUACAGCUACAGCUGCAGCAGCUGCAGCAGCUGCUACAGCUGCUGCAGCCAGCCCUCGGCGGCCGUCAACCUGUCAAUAUGAUGGCGGUGAGCCGCCGCACCCGGCCCUGCUACUGCCGCCCCCGCAGCUGCAGCAGCGGCUGCUACUGCUGCAGCAGGCGCAGCAGCAGGCGCCGGAGAGCGCGCUGCUGGGCUUGGGCAGUGGCAGAAGCAGGUUACGCGGCGGCGGCGGCGGCGUCACGUGGCCGCCUGCUGUCACCGGCAGUAGCAGCCCCGGUCGUAGCAGGAGUAGCGGCAGUGGUGGCGGCGGGGGCAGCACACCCGGAAGCGAGUCGCCGUAGCCGCCAUUUACUGUGGAUCCGGAUUUGGAUCCCAGCCCGCCUGCCGGUGCUGCUGACUGGCUGGGCGGCACCGAUGUAAGCGAUGAUUGAG